GUCGCCGCACCUUCAACGGGUGGAGCUUGAAAACGUGGGAACGUUUGUGGGUUGCUGCGGUUUGCUGGAGUAAAGAAAUUGUUUGACAGGGAGGUGAGCCGACCUGUACACAGGCGUUGGAAAGACAGAGAUAAGUUUUUAGUGCGUCUGCGGCAAUUACCGAGUCAACAGGGAGGCAGAGCCGAGAGCGACAAAUGGUUUGUACGAGUCUAAGCAACAGGGCACGGAGCGAAAUGUCAGCGGCUGUUUCAGCCUUGGGCAAAAGGAAGCGCGACUAGUACACCGCAACGCGGAAAAUAUUCAGCGGGGUGAGAAUGCGAAUGGUGCGAAGAUAUCGAAAUCAAACAAAAUGGAAACGAUGUAGCGUCGCCGCAACACUCCGUGUAGCUAGAACUAACGUUAGAGUAGAGAGUAGAUAGCUAAGGAGCUAGCACAUUAACUAACAUACAUGUAAAGUUAUUCCCGGGAGAAGCUGAAGCAGAGCCGGGUGGCGUCUGUUGAAUCAGAGGAGUUCAUCAGCAUUGUGAAAUCCAGUAAGAUAAACAAGAAGAUGCUGCGGAGAAGACUGAAUCGUUUGCUUGGCGGUGAUGAGAGAAGAGUAGAUAGUAGGACUAUCUAUGUUGGUCAUCGGUCAUGCUCUGCCACAGAGGCUUUCAUACCACCCAAGUUCUGUGAUAACAGGAUUGUGUCCUCCAAGUAUACAGUUUGGAACUUCCUACCAAAGAACCUGUUUGAACAGUUUCGAAGAAUUGCCAAUUUCUACUUCCUUAUCAUCUUCCUGGUGCAGGUGAUAGUGGACACCCCCACCAGCCCAGUCACCAGUGGCCUACCCUUAUUUUUUGUGAUCACAGUAACGGCUAUCAAGCAGGGCUAUGAGGACUGGCUACGGCACAAGGCCGACAACGAGGUGAAUAAGUACCCAGUGACAGUUCUAGAGGAUGGCCAGAGGAUACGGAAGGAGAGUGAAAAGAUUAAGGUGGGAGAUGUUGUGGAGGUGGAGGAAGAUGAGACCUUCCCCUGUGAUUUAAUACUUCUGCAGUCGAGCCGAGACGACAACACAUGUUUCGUGACCACAGCAAGUCUGGAUGGAGAGUCCAACCAUAAAACACACUACACAGUACUACCAGACACAGAGAAGGAUCUGGAAACUCUCAGCGCUACCAUUGAGUGUGAACAGCCACAGCCUGACCUUUACAAGUUUGUCGGCCGGAUACACAUUGAUAAAGAUGAUGAGGAGCCUGCAGUGAGGUCUUUGGGCCCAGAAAAUCUUUUGCUGAAAGGGGCGACUUUAAAGAAUACUCAGAAAAUCUGUGGUGUUGCGGUUUACACUGGCAUGGAGACAAAGAUGGCUCUUAACUACCAGGGCAAGUCUCAGAAACGCUCUGCUGUGGAGAAAUCUAUCAAUGCCUUCCUUCUGGUUUACCUUUGCAUACUGGUGAGCAAGGCCCUAGUGUGCACUACACUUAAGUAUGUGUGGCAGAGCAAACCCGGUCAGGAUGAACCUUGGUACAACGAAAAAACCCAGAGAGAGAAGGACACCAACCUGUACCUAAAGAUGUUCACCGACUUCCUGUCCUUCAUGGUGCUCUUCAACUUCAUCAUUCCGGUGUCCAUGUACGUGACGGUUGAGAUGCAAAAGUUUUUGGGAUCCUUUUUUAUCACAUGGGACAAAGACUUCUUUGACCCUGAAAUCCAGGAGGGGGCUCUGGUCAACACUUCAGACCUCAAUGAGGAGCUGGGACAGGUGGAGUAUGUUUUCACAGACAAGACAGGCACCCUCACUCAGAAUAACAUGGAGUUCAUAGAGUGCUGCAUUGACGGCUUCCAGUACAAGUAUCGCGAUGCGAGCUCAGAGUUGGAUGGCUUCUGUGUCACAGAUGGACCCGUGAGCAAGCUACAGCAGAAAGCUGGCAGGGAGAAGGAGGAGCUGUUUCUGCGUGCCCUGUGUCUAUGCCACACAGUCCAGGUGAAGGAGUCCACAGAGCAGAGUCAAGGCCAAGGGGACGGACUGGUGGACCAGGUGGAUGGCUUAGGGGUGGAUGGAGGUGUGUUCCAUUCUCCACAGGAGCAGAGAGGCUUUAUAGCCUCCUCACCUGAUGAGGUUGCUCUGGUCAAGGGUGCCAUGCGGUAUGGCUUCACAUUUCUGGGACUUGAGAGUAAAACCAUGAAAAUACUCAACAGGAACAAUGACGUUGAAAUGUAUGAACUGCUUCACGUGUUGAACUUUGACCCCGUGAGAAGGCGAAUGAGUGUAAUAGUCAGAUCCAGAUCAGGUGAUACACUGCUCUUCUGCAAGGGGGCGGACUCUUCCAUCUUUCCCCGCGUCAGACAGGAGGAGGUCGAAAGGAUACGCAUGCAUGUGGAGCGUAAUGCAACAGAGGGCUACCGGACACUCUGUGUGGCCUACAAAAUUCUCAGUGCAGAGGAGUAUGCCCAGGCAGAUGCAGGAUUGAGGGAAGCUAGACUGGCUCUGCAGGAUAGAGAGGAGAAGCUCAUGGCUGUGUACAACCAAGUGGAGACCGGCAUGAGUCUAAUAGGAGCCACCGCUGUAGAAGAUCGGCUUCAAGAGGAGGCAGCAGAGACCAUGGAGGCUCUGCAGGGGGCAGGCAUUAAAAUUUGGGUCCUAACGGGGGACAAGAUGGAGACGGCAAAGUCCACCUGUUACGCUUGUAGAUUGUUCCAGAGAAAUACUGAGCUGUUGGAGCUGACUGUGCGUACUCUGGAGGAUGGAGAGAGCAGGCGUGAGCAGCGACUGCAUCAGCUCUUACUUGAAUACCACAAGAGAGCAGUACAGGAUGCACCACCAGUUAAGGCAGGCGUCACCAGGAACUGGUCUUCGGCAGGCCAGGAUUAUGGUUUUAUCAUAGAUGGAGCCACUCUGUCCAUGGUGCUCAACUCCUCCUCCGAGUCCAACUCAAGUCGCUACAAGAACCUGUUCCUGCAGAUUUGUCAAAACUGCACGACUGUGCUCUGCUGUCGUAUGGCUCCUCUACAGAAGGCACAGAUAGUUAAAAUGGUGAAGAACUCUAAGGGCAGCCCAAUCACUCUUUCCAUUGGAGAUGGUGCCAAUGAUGUCAGCAUGAUUUUGGAAGCUCAUGUUGGCAUUGGUAUCAAGGGUAAAGAGGGUCGGCAGGCAGUGAGGAACAGUGAUUAUGCCAUCCCCAAACUAAAGCACCUCAAGAAACUUUUGUUGGCUCAUGGGCAUCUCUACUAUGUACGCAUUGCACACCUGGUGCAAUAUUUCUUUUACAAGAACCUUUGCUUCAUCUUACCUCAGUUUUUGUACCAGUUCUUCUGUGGCUAUUCCCAACAACCCCUGUAUGACGCGGCCUAUCUGACGAUGUACAACAUCUGCUUCACCUCUAUGCCCAUCCUGGCUUACAGCCUCUUGGAGCAGCACAUCUGCAUGGAGGUUCUGCUGGACAAUGCUACCCUCUACAGAGGGAUUGCUAAGAAUGCCAUGUUACGGUGGGGACCUUUCCUCUACUGGACUGUACUUGGAGUCUUCCAUGGCUUGCUCUUCUUCUUUGGUGUUCGAUAUUUGUUCAGUAACCCAGCACUGCAGGAUAACGGCCAGGUUUUUGGGAACUGGUCAUAUGGAACAAUUGUCUUCACUGUCCUUGUCUUCACUGUCACACUAAAGCUUGCUCUAGACACACGGCACUGGACAUGGAUCAACCACUUUGUAAUCUGGGGCUCCCUGGCUUUCUAUGUGUUUUUCAGCUUCUUCUGGGGAGGAAUAAUAUGGCCUUUCCUGAGGCAGCAACGUUUGUACUUUGUGUUUGCCAACAUGCUGAGCUCGGUGUCAGCUUGGUUGGUCAUCAUCUUGCUCAUCCUGCUUAGUUUACUGCCAGAGAUCCUGCUUGUGGUGUUCCGUAAACCCCGCGGGCCCCACGCACGACAGAAGAAGCUGGUUCAGUCGAGCGUUGGGGGCCGCCAGUCUCCCCGGUCUUCAGCCAGGCCCCUGCUCAUGAGAACCUUUUCAGACGAAUCCAAUACUGUCAUGUAAACAGCUGUCGGUGGACGGCCUACUACAAACUUCCAGACUGCAGCUGUCACACCACUGUCCUACAAGCACCUGAAGGAGCGUGAGUGAAAAGCAGCAAGGACUCCCAGCAACAGUCAGCAUCAGCCACCCUUAGGGUCCCAUGGCAGUCAGGUCAGAGCUGUCUGUUGUCAUACCACCAUAUCUGAAAAGAGGAGGAGAAGAAGAAAAAGGAAAAAGAAGAUGUGCUGACUGUGGGGAAGGGAUAAAAAAAAAGGGAUGGCAGUCUUGUGAGUUGCGUCUCUCCGGUCCGUCCUUCUCUGCCAAUCCCGACAAUUCCCAACCCCCUCCAUGCAUGCCUGCAGAGCAGUGCCCUGCAUUAUGUUGUUUUUUUAAAAAAUAUCUACUUGGAUGACAGGCAUGAGUUUUUUUUUCUUUUACUUCUUCUUUUUUUUAAAAAAAAAACAAACAAAACAAACAAACAAAAAAAAAAUACCAGCUUACAAAUGAAUGCAUACACGGCUGCCUUGUCAGUAGCUCUGCCCAACUGCUGUGUUUUAGCAAGCAGUUGUAAUACCCACUCCAAGAAUGGUUCACCUGCAUGAAUGAAGGCUUAAAAGAACACUUUACUCCACUGAUACUCAGUCACUGUACUCUGCAACUUUAUUUUUUUUAUUUGAAAGACAUAAUAAUCACAUUGUCAACAAUUAAAGGUUAUACUAUUAUGCAGCUAUUGCACUUUUCAGCGGCUAUUCUUUAAAUGGUUGUCAUAUGUUUCAGGAAAUAGACAUACACUCACAGGUCAAAAUUAUUUGAGAUCAAAAGUUAAUGAAAGUUAUUACAUCUCUGCUCAGAGAAAGCAAACAGACUUUGAGAACGGGUUUCUGGUUUAUAGAUGAUUAUUUGUUUCCAGUGAUGAUUCUGUGUUGUAUACCGAGGUUUAAGAGGGGUUUAUGCAGCCCAUAUUACCACUCAGUCCAAAAAGUGUGUGUGUGUGUAUAUGAUUGACCGAUUAGAUUAGAGAUGUUAAGCAUAUUCUGGCAAUAAAACAUUGUUCAGAGCGUGACCUAAAUCUUCCAACCUCAGAGAUAAUUUAAAAACCAAUUUAAGACGAGAAACUUAAUAUAUGUCCUCUACUGUAUAUAGCUUAGAGAUAUAUGAGCUGCUCAAAGCCAAAAAGACGAUCAGAAUCUGUCCACACAAGUGUGACCUGAAAGUGACAAGUCAUUGUGUGUAUGCGUGUGUUAUAGAUGUGCGUGCAGCUGUGCUGGAUGAGAAAAGCCCGAAAUGUUUAUGUGUCAUGAAAACCAGGAUUACUUGAACCUUGUUGAUGUAGUUUGAUUAGACAUUUCCUGCACUAUUAAGGAAACUGGUUUUGUCACUAAGGCACAUAAACACACACACACACAUAUAUGUAUAUAUAUAUAUAUGUGUGCUUGAACGCACUUCACAUGCACAUGUCAGAUAGAAGAGAACAAAACACACGAUAACCACAGACGUACACAUGAAUGCACACAUGCACUAAAGCCUAAAUGAGGUAUUUAUGUUCAUUAUCAAGUUUGCAUAAUUGGCCUCAGGCAGGCUGAAGUGGGAGUGUAAAGAAAAUCCACUUCAGACCUGCAGAGUCAACAUACUUAACGCCACUGUGAGUCUCUAUGCUCCAUCGUCUUCGUCCUGUUUUUGGGCAGAUUUGCUGACGAGCAGGACUGUUCGGCCUUUCGUACCUUAUUUUAACCUCGCGUGUGUAGGACUUCAUACAUUCCAUGUAAACAUGCCAUGAUUUCAAACACUUUUAGAUAAUGUUUUGGAAUCUGUUUUUCUUCGGUUGUCCCCGCCCCCCCUCGCCCUCACAGAUAUGUUUCUGUUUGGCAUAUUUAUUGUUAAGUGUACUUUUAUUUACAAAUGUUAUACUUUUAUUACAUAAAUUGCAUUUCUUUUAAAUUGUGGAGAGUGCUUAUCUUUGUGCCAGUUGAGUUUGUCCGUGUUACACCAGGCUGAUGUGAGCCCGUGCCAAUGCCAUGUGAUUGUCUUUGUCAUAUAUGCAAAGACAGGCAGCCCCCCGCCAAUACACUCCCAGCCUCCCAGAAUCCACCUCUGAACUGAUGGCACUCUUUUUGCCAGGUUAUUUUGACACUUGGUUUUAAACUGGUGAUUACGUGUCGCUAAUCAUUUAUGUUUAGCGUCUGUCAGUGAGGUGGUUUUAGAGUACACUACUUUAAACAGUAACAGUAACUCCAGUGCGGUACUUUGUAGUACUGGCGUUACCCGCUGUCUGUGAACUGACAUAGGUGACAGAGUGCAUCUGCAGAACGCCUCAGGCAGUCAUAAUGUCGCAAUUGUGAUUUCAAAAAUUAAGUUAAUUUUGAUUUGUCUUAACAACUGAGGAAAAUGUACAUGCUUGUUUUCUACUAAGAACGUCUGUUUUUCUGAUGUUGCUAAGAUGAGAGGAGGCUGUUCUUCACUCUGUGACAUGUCACGUCCAGACUGCACUGUGCUGGAGAUAUGGGCUGUAAGAGGACACACUGAGAGGGGCUGCCUGCUUUGUUAACGAAUGAAAAACCUUUAACUGAGAUGCUAUUUUCAGAGAUUACAGAUAUCUUGGAAUCUAAUGUUUUGCCUGUCUAAAUGAAAAGUAUAAAAGAAUGAAUUGUAUUUUUAAUGCAAUCUUUUCCAGACACUUUUGUAAGAAAAUCAAAAUGCCCCCCCUUCCAAAAAAAAAAAUAUAUAUAGAAAAAAAAAACAACCAAACAAACAAAAAAAAAAGCACGAGAUGCUCUGUGGUUGUGGACGCUGUCUCUGUCUGUGAGGGGGUGGAGGUGGACACCUUCAGGCACCUCAGCAGCCCUGCAUCUGGCAGCAGGGACACCUCACCACCUCCAGCCCUUUGGGUCUCCAGCCUCAACACUCCAAACCUCCAAGCUGAAUGUACCUCUUUGAAACUAGUAUAUUCAAAACCUGAAGAUUUUCUGUAAUAAAGCAAAUGUUUUGAAGAUAAA